UCCUACUUCCCCCCCCAAUCCUACUUCCCCCCCCAAUCCUACUCUCCCCCCCAAUCCUACUCUCCCCCCCCCCCCCCACAAUCCUAGUCUUCCCCCCCCCCACAAUCCUAGUCUUCCCCCCCCCAAAUCAUAUCACCUGGUCAUAUGCCUUGGGGUCAUAGUAAAGUUUUAUCUACAAACCUUGCAGAGGGAAAGGGCUGCCGGGCUGAUAUUAGAACGUUCAGAGACACAUUAAAUGUGUAA